AUGUUGGUUGCCAACAUCGUGGGCUGGAGCUUCGUAGUCCUGGGCGUGCUUCUCCUGGUGAUCCUCGUGGUGAUCUUCCCCAAGAUGCGCUCCGCCGCCGGCUGCGUGGAGUGCGCCUCCCGGGCGAUCUGGACCGAGCCCUCGCUCCUGCGCAUGCCCAGCCUGGAGAUCUUGGUCAAGGCGCUCUUCACGGGCACCUGGCUGUUCCUGUUCAGCUAUGUGGUGUCGAGCGGUCAUAUCGACCCGCCCUCGCUGGACGUGAACGGCGUGCCCGUGUACACCCGGCUGAGGCGUUUCGGGUCCUCGCCCCUCCAGAAGUGUUAUGUGGCCUUUUACAUCAUAGGAUACUUCUGGACCUUGGAGACCAUGAGCUUGAUCUUCCACUUCGCCGCCAGAGUAGCCAUGGUGCUGACGACUGCCUUGACCGAGCUCUUCAAGAUCAAGCACCCGAUCAUGCUUGCGGGCAUGGCGGGGGCUGCGGGCCCAGAGCUGGCGGCGGCGGUGACCAAUGCCGGGGGCUUGGGAAACAUCGGCGGCGUGGGGUUUACACCAGAAGCCUUGAGGAAGACCAUCAAGAUGCUGAAGAAGGAGCUUGUGGACAAGGAUGCCCCCUUCGGAGUGGACUUGCUACUCCCGCAGGUGGGCGGAGGAGCCCGGAAGACCAACAAAGACUACACUGCCGGCACCCUGCCGGAAUUGGUGGACAUCAUCAUUGAGGAGAAGGCCGCUCUCUUCAUUUGUGCGGUGGGUGUGCCUCCCAAGUGGGCGGUGGACAAGUUCCACAGUGCCGGGAUUCCAGUGAUGAACAUGAUCGGCGCGGUGAAGCACGCAGAGAAGGCCCUGGAAGCGGGGGUGGACAUCAUUUGCGCGCAGGGAGGCGAAGGAGGCGGCCAUACCGGCGACACGCCCACCUCCAUCCUGCUGCCCAAGGUGGUGGAUGCCGUGCAAGGCAAGGUGUCGCCACUGACGGGCGGCCCCGUGCUGGUGGUGGGGGCGGGGGGUAUCUUCGAUGGGCGCGGCUUGGCGUCCUCCCUCGCCAUGGGCUGCGCGGGGGUUUGGGUGGGCACCCGCUUCAUUGCCUCCGAGGAAGCCGGCGCGGGGCCGUUCCACAAGCAGCGGGUGGUGAGCGCGGACUACGGCGACACGCUGCGCACCACCAUCUACACUGGGCGGCCCAUGCGGGUGUUCAAGACCCCCUACAUCCUGGACUGGGAGCAGAACCGCGCCAAAGAGAUGAAGAAGCUGCAGGCCAUGGGUGUGCCAGCCUGGGUGGCAGAUGUGGAUGAGUUGGAGGGGGGCGCCUCCGUGGGCACUCUUCAGCAGGCGGAGGUGCUGACUAAGGAGGAGAAGUCCAAAGGAUUGCAGCUCACCAGGAGGCAGGUCCGCGAGCGGGGGGUCUUCCUGACGGGCCAAUGCGCCGGAGCCAUUUCGGACAUCAAGCCUGCCGGACAGAUUGUGGAGGAGAUGGCCAAGGAAGCGGAAGAGCACCUUCUUGCAGUUAGCAAGCUGGUGUCGAAGCUGUAA